CAACAACAACAACAACAACAACAACAACAACAACAACAACAACAACAACAACAACAACAACAACAACAACAACAACAACAACAACAACAACAACAACAACAACAACAACAACAACAACAACAACAACAACAACAACAACAACAACAACAACAACAACAACAACAACAACAACAACAACAACAACAACAACAACAACAACAGCGUCAGCGACGAAGACGACGAAGAAAACAACAACAACAACAACACCAACAACAACAACACCACCACCACCAACAACAACAACAACAACAACAACAACAACAACAACAACAACAACAACAACAACAACAACAACAACAACAACAACAACAACAACAACAACAACAACAACAACAACAACAACAACAACAACAACAACAACAACAACAACAACAACAACAACAACAACAACAACAACAACAACAACAACCACAACAACAACAACAACAACAACAACAACAACAA